UUGACCAACCCAAUCUCCAUAGAGAAACCAAUCUGGAUCUGGGUAUUAUGAAAUCGGGGCGUACCGGAUCUCCCAAACUCGCCUCAUUUGAUCCGGUUCAGAUUCUCUCCGGUAUUAACCCUAACCCUGAACCUUCCGGAUCGUCCGAUCGGACUCUGCGAACCACACACACAGAGAAAUCGAAGAGCGUGAAAUCCCUAUGCAACUCUCUCAGGGUUUAAUCAAUAUUGAAUCCAUGUGAUGGAAAUAGCUAAUGACGUACCUGUUAAGAAACCAAAGAGGUUGACAUCUAUUGUAUGGAAUCACUUUGAGAGGGUUAAAAAGGCUGACGCUUGUUAUGCUGUUUGUCUACAUUGUAAGAAGAAACUUAGUGGAUCGAGUAACAGUGGAACUACUCAUCUGAGAAAUCAUUUGAUACGCUGUCUGAAGAGAUCCAAUUAUGAUGUUUCUCAAAUACUUGCAGCAAAGAGAAGGAAAAAAGAUACUACCCUUGGUGUUACUAGUGUUGACUAUGAGGCAGUGGAAAGAAAUGAUGGAAUUAUUACUCCCUUAAAUAUUAAGUUUGAACAAGAGCCAAAGAAAGAUGAAACCAUCAACCUUGGAACCGCCAACCUUGGAAGUGUUAAGUUUGAUCAAGAGAGGAGUCGGCUGGAUCUUGCCCGUAUGAUCAUGUUACACGGUUAUCCGUUGGCUAUGGUUGAGCAUGUUGGAUUCAAAAUAUUUGUCAAGAAUCUCCAACCCUUGUUUGAGAUUAUGACUAAUAGUGCAAUCGAGUUUGACUGUAUGACAAUUUAUGGGAAAGAGAAACAUAAAGUGUAUCAGAUGAUUCACGCUUUGCCUGGCAGAAUUAGCAUUGCUGUUGAUAUGUGGACUUCACCUGAAAAUGCAAGUUACUUGCGAUUGACAGCCAACUAUGUUGAUGAGGACUGGAGGCUACAGAAGAAGAUGUUGAAUUUCAUUACAUUGGAUGUUUCUCAUACUGAUGACAUACUUUCAGAAGUUAUUAUUAAAUGUGUGAUGGAUUGGGAUGUUGAUAGGAUGUUGUUUGCCAUGACAUUUGAUGAUUAUUUCAGCAAUGAUGACAUUGUCUUCAAAAUCAAAGACUGGCUCUCUCAAAACAAGCCUCUUUUGAAGAACGGUCAAUUGUUUGACAUGCGCUGUGCAACUCUCAUUCUAAAAUCUAUUGCUUCGGAUGCCAUGAAAGCACUUCAAGAUGUGACCCACAAAAUUCGACAAUAUAUUAGGUAUGUUAAUAGUACACAAGCAAUUCGAGGAAAGUUCAAUGAGGUUGCUCAGCAAGUUGGCACCAAUAGUCAGACGCGCUUAUUUGUUGACUGUCCACUGCGAUGGAAUUCAACAUAUCUCAUGCUUGAAACAGCCUUGGAAUACAGGGGUGCCUUUUCUGUUCUUCAAGAACAUGAUACUGGCUGCACAGUGGCUAUGUCAGAGAGAGAGUGGGAAUGGGCAAGUUCUGUUACUGGCUCUCUGAAGCUUUUUGUUGAAGUCAUCGAUGUCUUCUCAGGCAACAAAUAUCCAACUGCAAAUAUAUACUUUCCCGAGAUUUGUGAUGUUCACGUUCAAUUGAUUGAAUGGUGCAAGAGCCCAGAUGAUUUUAUUAGUUCUAUGGCAUUGAAGAUGAAAACCAAGUUCGAUAGGUAUUGGAGCAAAUGCAGUUUGGCUUUAGCAAUAGCGGCUAUAUUAGAUCCCCGAUUCAAAAUGAAGUUGAUAGAGUAUUACUAUCCCCAAAUUUUUGGCAGUGAUGCCCCAAAUCACAUCAAGGAGGUUUCUGAUGGUAUGAGGGAACUUUUUAUUGAGUACUCUAUGUGCUCAACUUCACUUAAUCAAGAUUCAGCCAGGCCAGGUAGCAACUUACCUAGUACUAGUAAUGGUACUAGGGAUAGUCUAAGGGGCUUUGACAAGUUCCUCCAUGAAAGUUCACAAGGUCAAAGCACAAUAUCAGACUUAGAUAAAUAUCUAGAGGAACCAGUCUUUCCUCGUAAUUAUGAUUUCAAUAUAUUAAAUUGGUGGAAAGUGCACACGCCAAGGUACCCCAUCCUAUCAAUGAUGGCACGCGAUGUUUUGGGAAUACCUCUGUCAACUCUUAGACCAGAGUUGGCGUUCAGCACUCAAGGGAGAGUACUGGAAAAUCAUUGGAGUUCACUAAAUCCAGAUAUCCGAGAAGCUUUGAUGUGUGGGCAAGAUUGGUUGCAGAUGGAAUCAGAAGAAUCCAACCAAUCCUCUAUCCUUUCAGCUUUGCCCCUUCUCAUUGAAACAAAUUAAUGUGUCCAUGGUUGAUGAUCAGAUUGUGUGAUGGUGUCUGAUUCUUUUCAGUUUGGGCCUGAUUUCGAUCCUGGUGUGGAGCUGUUAUAUGACCUCCGUGCUGCUUGUCCAUAUUUUACACACAGGCUAGAUGGAUAAUUGCUUAUAUUAUUAUUAUGAUUUUUGGUAAUCUUUUUAUGUAAAAUGUACAUUUUUGAACUGAAUAAAUGCUCACUCUGAUGCUUAAACUAAUGUUGUGUUUGGUUGAGGGAUUUGAGGAGGGAUUUGGAAAGGGAAAUGGAAAAGGUAGGUGAAAUAUGAAUAAAACAUGCCUAA